GCGGGGGGGUACUAAGUAUUUGUUGUGUUUUUCUUUUUUCUUUUUUCUUUUUUUUUUUUACUUUUUUGGGCUUAAUAAAGAAAAAAAAAAUUGUGUCGUGCAUUGAUUUAUGUCAUUCUAUUUCCCUCUUGUCCAUUGAGAGUCUCUGAAUUUCUCAUUAACGCUGUUUUUUCUUUUUAUAUUUCGAUCGUCGACUUUUUCUUAUACUUUUGGUAGACAAACAACAUCCCACACGUGACGUCUUGUACAAUUGGGGCAGCUGCUGUCCUCCCCCAGGUCUUCUUCCUCAACAUCUUUGUCUUCUUUAAAUCAUCCUCUUCCUGUCUUUUGACUCCACUUUUCGCCUUGAGAGCUCUAAUUCAUUGCUUGGUCAAUCAUCACAUAAUGUUCUCCGGAUCGAAACUCUUCCCCCACUGGCGUCGCAAGGCAGCCGAAAAGUCCAAAAACACCAACUCGUCAAUCGAAGUACCGUUUUAUAUGAAUGCUGCCUAUUAUCCGAAUUGGAGGAUAUACCGGAAACAGCCACCGUCAUCGUUGAGGCUGGGUUUUGUGUCUCAUAUCUUCUACGCGUUUGCUUGGGUCAAAGAGGAUGGUACAGUAUAUUUGAGUGAUGAGUGGGCCGAUACUCAGAUGCCCGUCGACGGGACCAACGGUUGUCUGCGGGCGUUUGCCCAGUUGAAACCGCAGUAUUCCAAGAUGAAGGUCAUCCUUUCUGUCGGGGGUGGAGGCAAGGGAAGUGAGAACUUCGCCUCUGUGGCGAGAAACCCUGCCUCUGUAGAGACCUUUGCCCGUACUGCAAGAGCGUUGGUGGAUCAAUUUGGCCUUGAUGGCAUUGAUGUCGACUGGGAGCAUCCUGAAGACCCACAACAAGGAUUAGACUACGUACGUCUUUUGGCUCGACUGCGCGAUUACUUGCCCGCACCACGAUACGUACUAGCGACAUGUCUUCCUGCUGGGCAAUGGGCUCUCCGAAACAUCGAUUUGGGCAAGGCCUCAAACUAUUUGGAUUUGAUCAACAUCAUGGCGUAUGACUUUGCGGGGCCCUGGACGAAUCAAACAGGACAUCAGGCACAGCUUUACAGUCCCUCCCGCGCUACCCCCGCUUCGUCCACUUCGUGUCAGUCAGCAGUGAAUUACGUGCUGUACCAAGGGGUGAAUCCGAAAAAGCUGCUCCUAGGAGUACCAGCUUAUGGGCGAUCAUUCUUGGGCAGCAGCAACGUGGGCCAAAACUACUCCGGGUGUGGCGGGGAAGACGGUGUGUUUGAUUACAGCGACCUCCCAAGACCGGGGGCCAAAGAACACCACGAUGACAAAUUGGGAGCGGCGUAUUGCAGCGGAGGGGACGGGGGGUUUGUGACGUAUGAUACACCGCGGACAGUACAACACAAGGCCAGGUUUGCGACCAAAAUGAAGCUAGGGGGGCUGUUCUAUUGGCACAUUGGGGGCGAUGCACGAGGGCCGCGAAGUUUGAUUGAAACAGGGUACAACACGCUGCAUGAGAUGUAGGGAGAAGAAAGAAGGAAAGGGAAACAAGAAAACAGGAAAGAAACGGAGAAUAAAAUGGAAUGACAAAAUGGAAACGGCAGCAAAAAGGAAAAGGAGGUUAGUUAUCAAUUCAAUUACCAUAAACAUAUCUAAGGGUUAUCAGUGAUAAGAUAGGGGAAUAAGUGUAAUAAAUCUAUUAUCUCACGAUAUCAUAUCAGUCUAUCUCUAUCGUCACGUUUAUCGGUC